AGGAACAGCUGUGUUUCGUAGUGUCCUCGGUAAAGUGGAAAAGUGUAAUUAACAAAAGCACGGAAAAGGGUGAUAAAUGACUGUUUAGUGUUGUUCAAGUGUUCAAGUUCAGUUUGUAUAUACAUGUUUCCGAAGGGCGGGCACAGGGCCAAGGGAAGACUGUUCAGUGGUUCCGUGUGGCCGAGAGUUGAUUACCAACUAAUACCAAGAUUACCAACAGUCGGUUGAUAAUUUAUAGGCUUCCCAACGUAGGUUGAUAAGCAAACAUGAAAGUAAAUCGUCGCGUUGGCGAACUUCCGCCAAAAUCAAGGAUUGGUUUCGUUCAGUCAAAGUAAGCCUUCUCGUUAAGUCCCAGAACUGUCAAAUUAAAAUACGCGCCGUCUGAUGUUAAAAGGAAUCAAAAGAAAGGAAACACAGCUGUUCCACUGUGCCGUGCCUUCAAAUAUGCGAACCCUGCCUAUUUAAUGUGCUAGUCAGUUUCGAUGCAAAUUAUCCCACUUACAACCCACCGACGGGCACUAGUGCAGUGAACAUCGUUCAGUGAUCGUAUGGCAAAGGAUAGUUGUUUACCAAAGAGCGGUGCGAUUGUUACGGAACAUUUGCACCUGGACCGUGACCUUGAUGUGUAUGUACACCAAGAUUUGGUGAAUCAAUUGGCCGACCAUCAACUCGAGGGCGUUCGGUUCCUGUACAAUCAGCUGCGUGAGUAUACUGGAAUUUUCCUGAACGAUGAAACUGGCCUGGGAAAGUGUCACCAGGUGCUUGCGUUUCUUUCGGCGACCACCCGUUCCGGCGGACGCUCAAUAGUGGUGUGUUCGAGUCGCAAAAGGAUAGAUCAUUGGGCGUACCACUUGGAUAACCUAUCGCUUCCGGAAGCAUUUGCUAGUUCCCGAGUGCUCCUCGGAACUCGCCAAGAAUUGUUAACCAAAGAAUGGAGGAGCGGUUCGUGGGACUAUGUGGUUGUGGAUGAGACGGAUUGUUUUAUGACGGCCGCGGACCUAGAAAGCUUGCGGAUGCUUACGACAGAGAAAUUAAUUUUCGUAAGUUCCGUGGAUUUACUGGACGAAUUGAUGGUGCUAUCCGAUCGGUUACCGUUUUGCUGUGAAACUAGCACCAGCUCACUGCGAGAUUGCAUAGAGCGACAGCGGAAACGGAAGACAAAGGCGAACCGGUUUAAGAUCUACCUUUGGACCAGGUCGUUUCUUUUAAGGAGACAGGCAAUGAGCUAUCGAAAAGUGUUGCCGAUGAUUGAGAAGACCGAAUUUGAGAAAAGGUUUCACGCGUGGACUGUAGCCCGGACUGUCGACGACACUCUACCGGUGGACACGGAUCAGGAGGGUACCGCACACGACGAAGGGAACACCGUGGCAGAUACACCUUUGCUGAAGGAAGACAACAAAACUAUGACCCCGGCGUUACUCAGCAGCACACACCAAAAUAUUGUCGAGUUGGGGGAUUCAGAGGCAGAGGCCCCGUUGCAGCAAACUGAUAGCGAACCACUGUUUGAGCCGUUCGAAACUGACACGGAGCAGAUGCCGAUGUUACGCGUCGAAUCGGAUUCGCCGGUCGAGCACAGCUCCACUCCCGGAGAGAGCGAGAUACCGGAAACGGCUCCCGAUUCGGAGGACUACCUCCCGUUUGGUCAGGAUAUUUUGGACGCAAACACCUCGACACAGCCGGUAGAGUUGGCCGACGAUCGCUAUCGUUUUCCGAUGGAAAAAUUCAACGGCAGCCAGCGACCAUCCAAAUCAUGCGCCUUUACGCCGAGCGUAGAAAGUUUACCGAAUGCUCAGCAGCAACAAGCACCGACGGAAGUGAUAGUGGUAAGCUCGUCGGCAGAGUCUGUUAGGCACCCGAAAUCGCCGUCACUCUUCGGAGACACGGAUAAUGAUACCGCCUCAAUAGAUUCGUCGGAUGACGAACUUACGCUUGCGGACAUUUUGGCCAAAUCUCCGGGGAACAUUGUUCCGGGUAGGAGUGAAAAAGCUACCACCAAGCCUUCUUUGGCACUCCGUCACCAGCUGUCCUGCAGCACACCGAUCGAAAAAUUGAUCCGUGGUCCCCUGCACCACCGAACAACAGUGUCACCGGAGAACGUCUCCUCGGCAGACAUGUUUGCCGAUUCGUUGGUCGCUGAUUCCACAACGGGGGCCGCCGAUAAUGUGUUUGAGAUUACGAAAAAUAAUGCCUUUGCCAAUCGCCUUGUGGUGCACGAGGAUGCGGUGAGGGGCGGCAUCCCGACGCUUCGGUUCGAAGGUGACACCUCCGACGACGAGGUGCAGUUUAUCGACGUCGCGCACAACCAGCUCAUCGAUUUGGACAGUGAAACGCCGGGCACGCCGAAAACGUUCAAUAAAUCGCGAAACAAGCUGGAAGCUUUGCGAACGCCGCAAACUGGACCGAGGGCAAGUGGUUCACCGGUGUCCAGUGGUUGGCUAGGGAAGAACCUCCGAAAAUCGUCCGAAUCGUCGGGCAGUACCACGCCCACGAGUAGCAAGCAAUCGCCACAGGCCGGACAAAGCGGGAGCAACCGGCGGACGGCUAGCAUGGGACGCGAUCCGACGAAAAGGCGCCGUAAGCUUGACGAUCUGUUUCAAACUGUGGACCAUCGGCGCGUGAUGGAAACGGAGAGAACCGGUCCAGAGCAACAUAGAAGUCCCCGCGGUUCCGAUCGCAAAGGGAGAUAGCACAAUGGGUUGCUAUUUUAUCUAGUUUUUU